UCACUGAGUGUGCGUGGAUGGUGUGGGCUUCUCUCUCCUCCUCCGGACCGCGCAGCAUCAUCACCACUCCACUCGGUUUACAGCAACAGCCUCGUACGCACCAUCAUCCUCAUCCUCCUCCUCAUCCUCCUCAUCACCACCAUCUCCAGCGGGGCUGAAGAAGAGGUAGAAGAGGGACCGCGUCGCAGGGAUAAAAAAAAAGCCUGUUGUCGGUCAAGUCAGCCGGAGUCAACUCUUCAAGUCUGUGAGGUGUAUCCUGAACAAACUGAAGUCCCAGCACGUUCAGGUGCCCUCUCCACUAAAUUUUUGACCCCUUUUGCUUCUUGCGAACCUCUUUAAAAUGGAGGACGGUUACCAAAACCGGACUGCCUUCAUAAAAGGUGCCAAAGACAUUGCCAAAGAAGUCAAGAGGCAAGCAUCUAAGAAGGUCGGCCGUUCAGUGGAUCGGGUGACCGAUGAGUACAGCAAGCGCUCCUACAGCCGUUUUGAAGAGGACGAUGAUGAUGACUACCCCAUGCAGGGAAGCCAGGAUGGAGGCUACUACCGUGGAGAUAGCCAGGCAGCCAAUGACGACGAGGGCGGCCACAGUGACUCUACAGAGGGUCACGAUGAGGAUGAUGAAAUCUACGAGGGAGAGUACCAAGGAAUUCCAAGGGCUGAAUCAGGCAAAGGCAGCCUGGCUGGAGGCCCGGGCUCGGUGAAAGCCGGUGCUCAGCAGUUCACAGAUAUCGGAGUGUCCGAGGCAGAGAGGAGGAAGGACCAGGAAGAGCUGGCUCAACAGUACGAGACCAUUUUACAAGAAUGUGGUCACGGGAAGUUCCAGUGGACCCUGUACUUUGUGCUGGGGCUGGCUCUCAUGGCAGAUGGCGUGGAGAUCUUUGUGGUCGGGUUCGUCCUGCCCAGCGCUGAGAAGGAUAUGUGCCUGUCUGAACCUAACAAAAGCAUGCUAGGUCUGAUUGUAUAUUUUGGGAUGAUGGUUGGGGCUUUCCUCUGGGGGGCUCUGGCUGACCGAAUAGGCCGUCGGCAGUCUCUUCUCAUCUCUCUCUCCAUCAAUAGUGUCUUCUCCUUCUUCUCCUCCUUCGUUCAGGGCUACAGCACCUUUCUGUUUUGCCGGCUUCUCUCAGGUGUUGGGAUUGGUGGCUCAAUUCCCAUCGUGUUUUCCUACUACUCUGAGUUUCUGUCCCAAGAAAAGCGUGGCGAGCACCUCAGUUGGCUCUGCAUGUUCUGGAUGAUUGGGGGAAUAUACGCAUCUGCGAUGGCCUGGGCUAUAAUCCCACAUUAUGGAUGGAGUUUCCAGAUGGGCUCGGCAUAUCAGUUCCAUAGCUGGCGUGUGUUUGUGUUAGUGUGCGCAUUCCCUUGUGUUGCAGCCAUCGCUGCCCUCAGUGCCAUGCCAGAGAGCCCACGCUUCUACUUAGAGAAUGGCAAACAUGACGAAGGCUGGAUGAUUCUGAAGCAAGUUCACGACACUAACAUGCGCGCAAAGGGAUGCCCAGAGAAGGUGUUUUCUGUCACCACAAUUAAGACGGUGAAACAGAUGGAUGAGUUGGUGGACACUGGCACUGAUACUCCAGUCUGGAAGCGCUACCGACUGAAGAUUAUGAGCCUCUCCCAACAGAUACGGAAUAACAUUCUUGCCUGCUUCAGCCCAGAAUAUAAACGGACGACUUUCAUGCUCAUGGCUGUUUGGUUUACCAUGUCUUUCAGCUACUAUGGUCUGACGGUGUGGUUCCCAGACAUGAUCAAAUACAUCCAGAAGCAGGAAUAUGAAUCACGCACAAAGACCUUCACGAAGGAACGAGUGGAGCAUGUGACUUUUAACUUCACCCUCGAAAACCAAAUUCAUCGCGAAGGACACUACUUCAAUGACAAGUUCCUCAACCUGAAGAUGAAGUCCAUGGUGUUUGAAGACUCUGUGUUCGAGGAGUGCUACUUUGAGGACAUCACCUCCACACACACCUUCUUCAGAAACUGCACCUUUGUUGCAAGUUUGUUCUAUAACACAGAUUUGUUCAAAUACAGGUUUGUCGACUGUAAACUGGUCAACAGCACGUUUCUCCACAACAAGGAGGGCUGCAUACUCGACUUCAGCGACGACUUCAACAAUGCCUACAUGAUAUACUUUGUUAACUUCCUCGGCACGUUGGCAGUGUUGCCUGGCAACAUUGUGUCGGCUCUAUUAAUGGACAAAAUUGGCCGUUUAAGGAUGCUGGCGGGAUCCAGUGUCAUAUCUUGCAUCAGCUGUUUCUUCCUGAUGUUCGGCAACAGUGAAUCAGGGAUGAUCGCCCUCUUGUGUCUGUUUGGUGGCAUCAGCAUCGCCUCGUGGAACGCCCUGGAUGUGAUAACAGUGGAGCUCUACCCCUCGGACAAAAGGACCACAGCAUUCGGCUUCCUGAAUGCCCUCUGUAAGCUGGCGGCCGUCUUGGGCAUCAGCAUCUUCCAGUCAUUUGUCGGCAUCACCAAGGCCAUACCCAUCUUAUUUGCUGCCGGCGCGCUCGCUGCAGGUAGUUUCCUUGCAACAAAGUUGCCUGAAACACGAGGCCAAGUGUUGCAGUAAAGAAAAUGACCAGCAGUGGGCAGCAGGGCACAGCUGGAGUGUGUGUUUGACAAUUAGAGCCCGAACACCCCUGAGAGCUUCAGCGCUGCCCGUCACACACACCAACAGAACAGACUGCCAUCCCCAUCGUAAGCCCAGAAUCCUUUGAAAUAUGGAUUGCAUCAUUCAAAGUCUAUACAGAGCCACAGUGAUUAAGAGAAGAGCAGCGCAGAUUUAGAAAUAAAUACUUUCAGCUACACUGUCAACAACAUCAGAUCUUUUUAAAAGUGUAAAAUGCGCAGGGUAAUGCAGUACAAAUUGUGGCGUGCAGUAAGGAUAAAUGUUAAUUCCUAGGAGUUUUCUAUCACUGACCCGACCUUACCAGAUCUACAAUAUCAAUUGAGAAGACAGAGAUGUCAAAUGAAGAGAUGAGACUGAAAAAAAGCCAUUUAGGGGGGAAACCAUGAAAAGAUUUACUUUAUGUAUGUGGUCGAUUUUCAGUUAUGAUUGCAGUAUUCUUCUUUAUUGUCUGUCCUCGGCCUCAGUGACUGGCUUUCAGUGCUGCUUUUUAAUUUGCUGUGAUGUUACUGCUACAGUGCACUUCACAUUUCCAUUCAGACCGAUGUGCUUGUGUUUGAUGAAAAGAUUUUCUUUGGGUGAAUAUAUUUUCUCUAAAAACCGCCAAUGACUCUUGACCGCUGCCUACUACUGAAGACCUGCAAGCUCUUAUUUUCUACCAAAUAAUAUUAAGACAUUCCAGUGAGGCUUGAUUUAUUCAGAAACUAAGUACAAUUUCCCUUUGUCCCUGCAUAAAUCCAGUCUCCUCCUCUACUUAUAGCCUCAAAACACACACAGGUGAAGAUGCAUUUCACAGGAUUCUCUGUUGUAAAUGGGACUAGUUUGAUCCAGCUCCUCAGUGUUCAGUGUUAAACUAAUAUUUUCCCUCCCUGUUGUUGAACCAUACAGCUGUGGCAGUGUGAUGGUGUUCAUGCCUGCAACACAGGAACGUCUGUGGGACAGAUUUUGGUCAAGUUCUAAAUGUGAGAGCAGAUACUAUAGUGUUAUAUUUGCCUAAAUUAGUGGUGUGAGUGUGCGUGGGAUUGCAUGUCUUUGUUAUGUGAGACAAGAGAAAGUGAUUUAUUCAUUUAAAUUACGUCAUUUCAUUCAAAUCAGUGCAGCCACGAAGACUUUAUUUACUGAUCCAACAGCAGAAUGUUUUAGGCUAAUUUAGACAUAAUUAUAUCAGCAUAUAACUCACGCAGUAGCUCAGGUGUGGUGAAAUGUUUAGACCACGAUUACAGCUGGUAUUUUGUUUUAGCACCACUCCACCAAAUGACUGUACAUGCAAGAUAGUUGUCUGAUAUUUCCGGCUUCGUCCCAUAUACAUUACUGCAUCAGUUAACCUUAAUAUGAAAAGAAGUCACAAAACAAGUCAUUUAAAUUCAGUGUGAAAGUUCAUUCUUGACCUCAGUAACAGUAGUAAGAGAUUUUGACCGCAUCUCACUGUCUUUCUUAGCAGUUUGCUUAAGUGUUUCGCUGUUUUGUCUUUUUAUGUUUAGGUUCAAAACAUACAAUCAAUGCAGUUGAGGCAGUUAAUGCCUCUUUAAAGUCAUGAUAUGACUUCAUUAUACCCAUAAGCUCAAAUGAAACUGGACCAAAAGAUGAAGAAUCAGUUAAAAUAAAAGUCCUAUUGAUCAGGCAGAGUGGCACAAAGAGAAAACUGAGAUUACAAAUCACUCACCUAAUUUAAUUUUAAGGGCUCCUGUUCCUGUCAUUCUUUUACUGCGUCCGUUUGUGCCAGAAAACAAGAAAAGUUAUUACUCACUUUUCCUGUAUGAUACCGGUUGAUAACAAUCUGUAAGGAUAACAGAAGUAAACAGGAAAAUAAAUGUGAUCCUAAAUUAGAAACAAUCACUAAUCUAACUGAGUACCAUUCUUUAUACAUAUCACUACUUCGGUAUCAUUUCUCCAAAGGUGUACAUCAAUAUGUGUGCUGACAAUCAGUGAGUGAGUAAAUGGGGGCUGCUGCUACCCAAUAGAGUAUGUUAUUUGACCUAAAGACGUCCUCUGGAUUGUGUGUGUGUGUGUGUGUGUGUGUGUGUGUGUGUGUGUGUGUGUGUGUGUGUGUGUGUGUGUGUGUGUGUGUGUGUGUGUGUGAGUGAGUGAGUGAGUGAGUGAGUGAGUGAGUGAGAGAGAGAGAGAGAGAGAGAGACAUUAAAAGAAUAAUUCAGUAUUUUGAUAAGUACACUUAUUCAUUUUAUUGCUGAGAGUCCGAUUAAAAGAUCAAUACCACUCUCAUGUUGGUGGGUAAAGUAUGGAGUUGACGCCAGGAUGCCAUUAGACUGGAGUUUUAUUACCUUUGCACAGAGCUAGGCUAGCUGUUUGCCCGUUUCCAGUCUUUAUGCUAAGCUAAGCUAACCACCUGUUGGCUGUGGCUUUGUACAUAGCGCACAGGCAUGAGCGCAGUAUUGAUCUUUUAACAAGAAGAAUAUUUCCCAAAAUGUUGAAUUAUUGCUGUCAAAUCUAGAUUACAUUCUGAUGAUCAAGCUGUUUGUCUACAAAGUCAAAGUGCGUAUUUAAUGAACAGAUGUCUCCUGUCUUGUUUAUGUUGGAGAGACUGUUGAAGCUCUUGUCGAUGUGUGUGUGUGUGUGUGGUGUGCGUGUAUAAGCUGACUCUAAAUUGUCUGUCACAUAUUUUUCUACUUUUUUCUGUUGCGAUGUUUUCAUCCCCGUGAUGAAAACAGCUCAGUUGGGGACCACGGAAAUAUAUUUACACUAUGAGAAGAUAAAAAAAGCAACCUAACACAAUAUAUGCAGUAUAGAAUUUAAUGUUUUGUUCUUCAUAAUAGACUCGGGUGCUCUUUUGCUGACAUAGUUCAGUCUUUAAAAACAAACCACAUCAAAGAUAGCCAGUCUCAGAGAUAAAGUGCGGUCUGUUCUCUGCUCAGAAAUACGAAGGAUCACAUCUUAAAUUCACAAAGACGACUUCACCCCCUAAUCCUUCUGUAUUCAACCGAUCGUGACGCAUGUUUGUAUCGUAUUGUCUGACUUUUUGGACGUCCUGUAUGCCAGCUGUUUUUGUCUAAAGCAAGAACUAGUGUUUUCAUUGUUGUAUGAUGACAUAGAUUUGUUGCUUGCAGUGAUUGUUCUUAAUCAAAGUGGGGUUAAAAUUGGUGAAACUUGAGUAUGUGUUCUGAAAGUAAGUUAGUGGUGGCUGUGCUCCUUUGUUUACCUUGGACCCAGGUAACUCUUUUUUUAUAUAUAAGCCUGAAUUUCUGAGGAGGACGCUUGUAGUCGUGCAAUUCACCUUGUCACAGAGGUACAAGAUAGGGCCGGAAAAGGGCAAUACGCUUAGGCAAAGGGAAAAAUUAUGAACAAAAAGUACAAUUUGACAUAAACUUGUUUUGUCCACGUGAGUCUAUUUAAAUAGGGGGAAGUGUAAGCAAUAACGUGGAGGCUUUCCCCAAUUCUGAGAAAACAGGAAGUCAGAUUUAAAUCCAAAAAGGACCACGGUUUAUCAACUCAUCAAAAGAGCCCCUCUGUCAAAUUGAAGCUCGUGUCCAAAACGUAAGUUUACUAUUUAAUGUUGCUAUGUGUAGAAUUCUAAUUCUAUAUAUAUAUAUAUAUGUAUAAACUAUCAAAAGGAUUACUGGUUUGAGUUUUAUCUAUGAUGACGGCAGUGAUAUGGGAUGUUGUCAAAAUAAAGCGAACACCAGCCUGAAGACUUCCCUUAAUGAUGGCAGUCUGAUAGAGGAAUGGAGGAUUUUUUAUGGCAUGGUUUCUGUCUUCUCAAAUAUUAGGAGCAUAGAUCAGUCCUGAAUGGAUCCUGAGAAAAAAAAAAAAAAAAAGGGCCGACCCAUGCCAGAAAACAACUCCUAUCUGCAAAGAACUGCAAGGAUCCUUCGCUGUAGUUUGGACUGAAGGAUUUUAUGUUUGCGUUUUCUUUGGUUUGACUCUGACCUGUUUAUUAAAUGAUAAAAGUUCUACUCUAAAUGUGAGUUCAAUUCAAAAUUCUAUGUACUGUGUGUAGAAACUGUAGAUGUUUGUACGUGCAAGUUUGGAAUUUGUGGAACAAAAGAUCAAGGAAAACAAUUCCAAAAAAAGUUCAAUAUGACACAAAAAUCUAUUGUGUGUUGUCUUUGUGUUUUGUAAAUGAAGACUGAAAAACUUGGUAAAUUCAGUAUUUAUUACUUCUGGAUAUUGAGAAUAUUUUAGUGAUGCUGAAAAGGUGCUGUAUUUAUUUUAUGUGAGAGUUGUUCAUUAUGCUGGGAUUUGCACUUUUGUGCCAUUUAUCCAGUUCUAUGAAGAAAAUGAUAAAUCAUAAUGGAAAAAUAAAACAUGAAGAAAGAAAA